UGCUGACACCUACUCUCUGCAGGUGGCCCAUGGGGUAGCCGUCGGGGCCCGUGGGCAGCGCAGCCCCGCGGGGCCCCGGGGCAGUGCUGAGCCAAGCCAAGCUGUGAGAACGCCAUGGCCGGGCUGCUGGGGCUGCUGCUGGCCUGGCUGGGUGGCUGGGGCUGUGCUGGGCGCCUGGCAUCACCCUGGGGGGCUGAGCACCCCCUGCCCCGCGCCCGUCGCAGCUGGGUUUGGAACCAGUUCUUCGUCAUUGAGGAGUAUGCUGGCCCCGAGCCCGUCCUCAUCGGCAGGCUGCACACAGACGCAGAUCGGGGUGAAAACCGCAUCAAGUACGUGCUGUCAGGGGAGGGCGCCGGCACUGUCUUUGUCAUCGACGAGCACACGGGCAACAUCCACGUGACCAAAACGCUGGACCGGGAGGAGAAGGCGCAGUACACGCUGCUGGCCCAGGCCCUGGACCGUGCCUCCGGCCGCCCCCUCGAGCCACCCUCUGAGUUCAUCAUCAAAGUGCAGGACAUCAACGACAACCCGCCCGUCUUCCCCCAGGGGCCCUACCAUGCAACUGUGCCCGAGAUGAGCAAUGUGGGGACGUCGGUGAUCCAGGUGACAGCCCAUGAUGCAGAUGAUCCCACCUAUGGGAACAGUGCCAAGCUGGUCUACACUGUGGUCGAGGGGCUGCCCUUCUUCUCCGUGGACCCCCAGACCGGUGUGGUGCGCACGGCCGUGCCCAACAUGGACCGGGAGGCCCAGCCCGAGCUACGUGUUGUCAUCCAGGCCAAGGACAUGGGCGGCCACGCAGGUGGGCUCUCAGGGAGCGUUACCGUCACCGUCACCCUCAGCGACGUCAACGACAACCCGCCUAGGUUCCCACAGAGCUCAUACGAGUUCUCGGUGCCUGAGACAACAGUGCCGGGGGCGGCCGUGGGGCGGGUGCGGGCAUUGGAUCCCGACGAGGGCCCUAAUGCACAGCUCAGCUAUCGGCUGCUGGAUGGUGGUGCUGCCGGGCCCUUCACCAUACGCACUGACGCCCGUGGCCAGGAUGGCAUCCUCACCCUCACACAGCCCCUGGACUUCGAGACACGCCGUUCCUACAGCUUCCGGGUGGAGGCCAGCAACACACAGCUAGACCCACAGCACCUGCGCCACGGCCCUUUCAAGGAUGUGGCCACAGUGCGUGUGACUGUGGAAGAUGCCGAUGAGCCACCCGCCUUUGCCCGCCCGGCCUAUCGCCUGGCCCUGCCUGAGGACAGCCCGCCCGGCGCCUUGGUGGGCCAGGUCAGCGCUGCUGACCCCGAUGUCCCUGGCAGCCCCAUCCGCUACUCGAUUGCACCACACUCGGACCCCGACGGCUUCUUCCACAUCGGCCCCCAGGACGGUGCCAUCCGCAUAGCGCGGGGGCUGGACCGUGAGGCCCGCGCCUGGCAUAACCUCACCGUGCUGGCCGCACAGCUCGACAGCCCGUCGCAGGCCUCCCCGGUGCCCGUGGCCAUCGAGGCUCUGGAUGUGAAUGACAACGCACCGCAGCUGGCCCCGGACUAUGAGACCUUCGUGUGUGCCAGCACUGCGCCUGGACAGCUGAUCCAGACCAUCCGUGCGCUGGACCCAGACGAGGAUGGGGCCACGCAGGUGUCCAUCCGGGCAGUGCCAGGGCCUGGCCCCACCGACAUCACUGUGCGGGACAACAAGGAUGGGACAGCAGCGCUGGUGCUGGGCGCACGGGGCCCACGGCGCACAGGGUCAGGGCCCCUGCUGGUGCGGCUGGAGCUGGCAGAUGGUGGCCAUCCCCGACACACAAGCUCAGCCACCCUCACCCUGCGUGUGUGCCGCUGCCGGGGGCCCCCCCGCGCCUGUGCCCCCCCUGUGCCUGCCGCCCCUGGACUCAGCACCGCCGCCCUGUUGGCCAUCCUCGCUGCCGCCACCGCGUUGCUGGGCCACACCCAGUUUCUGGCCAAGCCAAUCAGCGUGCCACCUGACUACACUCAACCAGGCCACAGCAUCACCUGA